AACGCUGAAAACGCUCAGUUGUGAAUUGAAUUACGCUGCGAACGGACAUAGCGUACCGAGGCGGUGUUUAUAACAUUUGAGGAGCGUGAUCGGAAAACAGUUGCUUUGUUGAUAUUCUUGAAAAACGAAUGUAGUAUACAAUAUACUUAUACUAGAAUAUACAUAUAUGUUUACUUUGUGUGCAAAGAUCUAAGGUGUUGAAGGUCGAAGCCGAUGACUAAAUUGUGCAGAUGUUGUUGAUGUAAUGCGAAAGCAAAUAAAUUAGAGAAAAAAAACAGAAUGCAAAAUUAAAAUACGCAAUACAAUUUUCAAGUUCAGUGCAAACGAGUUGGCUAAGAAAUAAAUUUACAAUAAAGCUGAGUAAAUACACUAUAUCACAGCAGAUGUGUGUGUAACGAAUAACUAAGGCAAGAAAAGCGAAACUUUUGUGUUCUUUGAAAACUUUUAUUAUACAAUAGAAUAAAAUCUCAACGAAAAAUCGCAAAUUAAGCCAAGAGCGCAGAAAUAACGAAAAGAUUUCCAAACAUGUCUAAGCCAUUGAUGAAACACUGCUGCUUCUGCCAGUCUUUACGAAAUGGUGCCAUUAUUUCAGGAAUUCUAGCGAUCACAUUGUCGAUCAUUACGAUUGUCAUUAGUUUGACAUUACGCGUGGAUUUCAAUACAAUCGAUUUUGAUUGGCUGCCAAAUUAUGUUGUUAAAAUUAUAUUAAUUAUAAAUCUAUGUAUGACAAUACUGAUAUCAUUGCUCAUGAUAAUUGGUGUUAUAAAGCGUAAUCAUUAUUUGAUGAUGCCAUGGGUGGUUUUGGGCAUUAUGAUAGCAAUCGGUUUGCUCAUAUCCGUGAUAUAUACCGCAGUGAAAUUCUUCAUUGAUGACUAUGUGCUCACUGGCAUACUGUGGCUUGUUUUUGGACUCCUAACAACCGCGAUUCUCACCUACUGUUGGUGCGUUGUGUACAGCGAAUAUGUGGUUUUGUUGCAGGAGAACGAAAGGGGACGGUACAACAAGCAGCUAUAUCGCCGCUAAGAAAACAAAUUGAAAUAAACGACAGCGAUUCAUCGAAAUAAACCAUGUUUUGAUAUUAAAGAAGUAAUUCUUUCUUAAAUCUUUACAAUCUAAAUAUCCUUAAACUAAUUGUACUGGAAAGCAUUUGAAAAUAGUUUUAAUAUAGGCACUUGAAAAAGAAAAAUCAAAGCAAAAUACUCGUCUUCGUUUAAUUAUAUUUAUUUUUAAUUUAAGUUAUUUUUGUUUAUCUGUCACAGCAAGUUAACUACUCUUCCUUCACUCUUAUACCGCUUUCUCCCUUUAUUUACCUUUCUUUGCUCACUCUAUGAAAAUACUGGAAUUAGUGCAAAUUUUAUUAAUAAACUUACUCUCAAUAUAAAUUAAUACUAUAUUCUACAUAUGUAUGUGUAUGUUUUAUGUUUAUGUUAUAUUUACGAAAAAAAAGAAACAACGUUUUGUUUACUGUUGUGUGAUUGUUGUAUCGAAUAAAAGAAAUAAAACAAUGUAUUUUUAACAAA